UUUUGGUCAGUGAGUGAGUCUGCGGCGGCGGCGGCGGCGGCGCUGCGUGAGUCUCUGAGGGAAGCCAAGAGCGCCAUGGCGGCCGAGAUGAGCGGCGUGGAGGAGCUUGUCCCUCUGCUGCCGUCCUCCUUCGCUGAGGAGGAAGAGGAAGAGGUCGAGGCGGCGGAGGAGGCCGAGGCCGAGAGCGAAGCCUCCUCCUCCUCCUCGUCGUCGUCACCGGCGGGGAUGGAGGCCGAGGCUCCUGCGGCGCUGAUCGGCGAAGGGGCGGAGAGCAUGUCGGAGCCCAGCCCGGAGAGCGCCAGCCAGGCGGGCGACGGCGACGACGAGGAGGAGGAAGACGGCGACGACGAAGACGAGGACGACGAGGAGGCCGAGGCCGCCUCCUCCUCCUCUUCCUCCAGCGGCUGCUGCAGCGACGAGACCCGCUCCCUGAGCCCCGGAGGCAGCGAAGCCGAUGCCAAGGAGGAGGCCAAGGCCGGGCCCAGAGCCAUGGGGGGCCCCGGCGGAGGAGAAGAGGAGGAGGAGGAGGAGGAGGAGAUGAUGAUGAUGCGGGGCCCCGCGCCUGGAAGCGGCCUUGGCGGGGCGGAAGGAGCAGCAGCCGCCGCCGAAGGAGAAGGAGAAGGAGGAGAAGGCAGCGAGGCCGGGGGAAGCAGCAGCAGCAGCAGCAGCGUCUGCAGCGGCGGCGGAGGGAGCGGCGGCGACGAGGGCUACAGCACCGGAGGGGGAAGCGGAGGGGCGGCAGAAAGAGGAGGAGGAGGAGGAGGCCGAGGCGGCGGAGGGAGUACCUGCAGCGCCUCCUCCUCCUCCUCCUCCGUCGGCCGCAGAGGGAGCCUGGAGAUCUCCUCCUCCGACGGGGAGCCCCUCAGCCGCAUGGACUCCGAGGACAGCAUAAGCAGUACCAUAAUGGAUGUAGACAGUACAAUUUCCAGUGGACGGUCAACUCCAGUUAUGAUGAAUGGACAAGGAGUUACUGCUUCGUCUGCAAAAAGUAUUGCUUAUAACUGCUGUUGGGACCAGUGCCAUGCUUGCUUCAACUCCAGCCCAGAUCUCGCAGAUCACAUUCGCUCCAUACAUGUAGAUGGCCAGCGAGGAGGGGUAUUUGUUUGCUUAUGGAAAGGCUGCAAAGUCUACAAUACACCAUCAACAAGUCAGAGUUGGUUACAGCGGCAUAUGCUUACACACAGUGGUGACAAACCUUUUAAGUGUGUUGUUGGAGGGUGCAAUGCUAGUUUUGCAUCUCAGAGUGGGCUUGCUCGUCAUGUGCCAACCCACUUUAGCCAGCAGAAUUCUUCAAAAGUAACCAAUCAGCCAAAGGCAAAAGAGGAAUCUCCUUCUAAAGCUGGAAUGAACAAAAGACGGAAGUUAAAGAACAAACGGAGGCGCUCUUUACCAAGACCACAUGACUUCUUUGAUGCACAAACUCUGGAUGCCAUACGACAUCGAGCCAUUUGCUUUAAUCUCUCUGCUCACAUAGAAAGUUUAGGAAAAGGACACAGUGUUGUAUUCCACAGUACUGUAAUAGCAAAGAGAAAAGAAGAUUCUGGAAAGAUAAAGCUGCUGCUUCACUGGACACCAGAAGACAUUCUUCCUGAUGUGUGGGUAAAUGAAAGUGAGCGACAUCAAUUAAAAACUAAAGUAGUUCAUUUGUCAAAACUACCAAAAGACACUGCCUUGCUUCUGGACCCAAACAUAUACAGAAAGUCUAGUAAAGGCGGUACAUACAGAGGAAUCCUGAAAGAUCACUUCUGUUAAGAUCACAUACUGAACAAUGCCACAGAAGAGGCUGAAGAGGUAAAAUCAACAAGGGCACCUCAUCUUACCAUCUUAUUCAUUGACCAUGGAAUUAGAAUUGAAAUUGCACAUUAGUCAAGUCCCUCCAUCCAUCCUCUGCCCCCACCCUGCACCCAACGGCUGCCAACUUUAGAUGAUGAUUAUGCUUUGCAUAACAGUUUCUGAGAAUGAAGUUGAUGCAUCCGUGGAAUAUAUUUUAUAUAAUAUAUUGAUAUACCUUCAUGGAAUGGUACGAUGGAAGAUGGGGCACACACUCUUCCAGCAAUAUAGUGGGUGCUCUCAAAGGCUUUGCAUGCUUACUGCUUUUAUUUUAAUAAUUUUCUGUAGCUUGUAUGGAGGGAAUGGCGAUACUAAAUUGCCACAUACUGUACAACUCUCCCUGCAUUUUUUUAAAACAAAUUUCUUGGGAUCUUAUCAAUGGUAAACACACAUGGACAUACACUAGAGAGAAUCCUUUUCUUAGAGUAUGGUGAAGAGUAUCAGUUGUCACUUUUGUGAAUUUGUGGUGUUCUAUCACAUAUCCCUAAGUGGUGGUAUCAUGUUUAAGCAAAAUGGUGGUGGCAUAUUUGCAGUUCUAGUGAAAUAUAUAUUCAAGAGAGGCUGAUUAAAUGUUGUGUUGCUGUAUAUCCGAACCUCUCCAUAAGACUAUUACUGUAUGUUAGUAAAACUUACUUUAAUAAUCUCUUCAGAAAAAAAAAAGUAAGAACAUUGUUUUGUUUACUACUGGGCCUUUAAAAUCCCUGGUUGCUUCUAAAUAACUCAAAUCUCCUUCCCCCUCCCUUUGGCCUAAAUUUUUCUAGCUGUAAAAAAAUUUCAUAUUUUUUAAAAAGAAGCAUCUAAAAAUACAAUCGUUUAUGCACCAAAGUUGGCUAUGAAAAGAAGAAUUAAAUUGCUUCCUCGCUUUAUUAAGCAAGAAAUUAUGGAUUUUCUUAACCUACAGGAAUAGAAAAAUGUGUGAACCUUGUUCGUCUUGUAAGGAGACAAAAAAGUUGCAUAUAGAUGGGACAUUGCUUGUAAAUAAUUUUGCAGAUUUGUAAUAUAUUUUUAUAUUAUGAAAUGUAUUGUAGAUGUUUUUCUAGAGGCAUGGAAGUUGAAAUGUAUAUAUUAUGGUAGAAAUAAUAUUGAAGGAUAUUGUAAUUCAUUCGUGCUGCCAGAAGAAUCUGUUUAAAAGCAAGCACCUUUCUUAACAAUAAAAAAGUCUUUUGGAUUUCUAAGAGGCUAUAUACUACUGUUGUGUAAGAACAAAACACAUGAAACAUCCUUCUAGAAGUCUUUGAAGGAUGCUCAGUAUCCAUAGGAAGUUUUAAAUGGAUAUGAAAUCAGUUUUUUCCUUGCUUGUUGGAAGGAACAAAUGUAAAAAAAUAAAUAAACGAAUAAAUAAAUAAAUGGUGGCUAUAUGCAGUCAAACUGCAUGAUUAACCCUCCCUGUUUAGGAGGAUUUUUUACAUUACUACAGUGAAUAUAAAUACCGGCUGUUUUUACACUAAUUUUUAAAAUGAAAUAACAAGAAAUUAAAUAGGACUAUAAACUCUCUGGUUGGAGAAGUUAUCUUUUCUCAAAACCAUAAAAAGAGGUCUACGUUAAUGAAGUUGAGAUGCCUUUUGGCUCCCAACGAGUUUGGAACGUUCCAUAAACAUUUAAAUUCCAUAUUGAUGUGUAGCUUGAAAGCAUUGCUCACAUGGAACGAGUUUGGAAUGAACAUUUAAUAAUGGUAUUUCAUAAAGAUCUGUAGCAAUGUAACUGUUUAAAACAAAUGCAGUUUGUUUUUUUGUUUUGUUUCGUUUUUAAUUUUGCUUGAGCACUUCAGUUACUGCUUACUCUUUUAUCUUAUAUGGUCAUCUGCAAUUGCUUUGGUUCUUUUUAAAAAAAUAUAAAAUUGCCAAAUAGGUGUUUUCAGAUAUAGUUUGUAUUUGUAUUUUUUAAAUUUUAUUGCUUCAUGAGUUUCUUCUAUGCCAUUCAUAAUUGACAGAUGAUUGUAGUCCUUGCCUGAGUAUUUUUUCUAAUAAAACAAAGCAAACACAA